CACGCAUGUGCGCCAUAUUGGUUUUUACAGCCGAUUUUACCCCCCAAGAAAGGUAUUUUGUUAAUGCAAAGAUGGUAAAUAUAUAGUGAAGGACGUCCAUUUUAUACCCAAGAAGAUAACACUACAGGAUUACAACAUGUCGGUCAUCAUACGCCUCCAAGGUCUCCCUUGGUCUUCAAGUGCCUCCAGCAUACGACAAUUCUUCAAAGGUCUGAAUAUUCCGCCAGGGGGCGUUCACAUCAUUGGCGGAGAGAAAGGAGAUGCGUUCAUUGCAUUCAGCACAGAUGAGGAUGCAAGGCAAGCUAUGAUGUUGAACCUGGGAAGUAUUGAUGGUAGCCAGAUUAUGUUAUAUCUUAGUAGCAAAACACAAAUGCAACAAGUCAUUGCGGAGGCAAGGGGUCAGAGUACAAAUGAUCCGCCAUACCAGUCUCAGUAUCCGCCUGCGUCUUCAGAGCCGUCAUAUCCUCCCCAACAAAGCCAGCUACCCCCGGCAUCAGUGGCUUCAUCCCAGAACUAUCAGUAUCCGCCACAGCAGAUGGACCCAAGUCAGGGAUACGGAUACCCUAGACAAGGAUCGACCGAAAAACAAGACACUGCCAGUUCUGAGCACGAUCGCUUUGGGGCUGCAUAUGGACAGACGGGAGUUCGACCACCUGUGGACAGUUCGUCUCAGAGUUCUUUUCAUUCUGACAACGCUACACCAAGACCACUGACCGAGUUUGAAAAGCGUAACCCGGCACAGAGAAGUGCCCUGAUUGGUGAUACGCGAAAUGAAGGGAAUAAAGAGUCAAAUCUGCAGUUUGAUCCACAGAAGUUAAUUUCCGAUCUUUCCAAGUCAGGGUUAUUGAAUCCAAAUAUUCUCAGUAAACCAACAAGCGUAGAUGAUCAAAAAUCGUCACAUUUCUUAAGUUCCUCGCAGACCUCAAAUGACUCAUUGACAUCAUUCUCAGAGGAUAGAUAUUCAAAUAGUUAUCCGCCUGAUCCGUACAACAGAGAAUCAUAUUCCAGAGGGCAGUAUGAACAGUACAGAGACGGCUAUGACAAGCCACAAUACAGAGGAAAUGCUCCACCGAGUGAAAAUAAUUUCAACAGAGAUCCUUACGAUGGGAGAUCAAAUGAAAACUCGCAAGACUUCCCUAACCAAGGUGCCAGAGAAGGCAGAGAUCCCUACUACCCUAGCCAGGGGAAUUUUAGAAAUUCCGAACCAAGAGAUGGUGAUCAAAGAUCGUUUCCUCCUGAAGGAAGAGACAGUUUUGAUAGAAAUAGUGACCAAAGUUUGCCUUUUACUCGAGAUGACAACCGCGCUUUUCCAUUUAAUAGACAACCUCCUUUCCCUGAUAGACCUCCUCUGGACACAGGUCCGAGUCAACAAAACAGAUAUGACUGGAAUUCUGACAAUAGAGGACCAUUUGACAGACGCAGUGGACCCGAUGAACCGCCGCCACGUAAAUCACGAUUUGAACAGCAACCUAAUCAGCACCCAGACGAAAAUUAUAGGGACGAUAAUAGACGGUUUGAUAGACCGCCGCCUGAUCGUAGACCCCCGUAUGAUGAAUUUCAAUCUGGAGACAAACCAUUUGAUAGACCCAUUGAUUCUGCACAUCCUUUUGAUAGACCUACUGAUUCGAGACCUCCCUUUGACAGGCCGCCUGAUUCAAGACCACCAUAUGAUAGGCCAUCCGAGUCCAGGCCGCCAUUUGAUAGGCCAUCGGAGUCCAGACCUCCAUUUGAUAGGCUAUCAGAGUCUAGGCCUCCAUUUGAAAGACCCCCGAACUCAAGGCCACCGUUUGAUAGACCUGACUCAAGACCACCAUUUGACAGAUCCCAAGAUCCAAGGCAACUAUUUGAAGGAAACAGGGAAAGAUUUCACCCAAAUCAGAGACCUAUUUUUAACAGGGAUCCCCAACUUGGAGACAGAGAGUCGCGUUUUGACGAUGUUGGAUCUCCUCCAUUAGCAAGAGACGAUGACAGGUAUAGAACCCCUCCUCACGGAAGACCACCAUUUGAUAAAGAAAUGGAUCACCCCGACAGUGAUGCACAAGCAGGCGAUGGGCUUCUAGGACCAGGGCCCCCUUUAAAAAGACUUGAUGGAAAGAUUGAAAAUUAUCCACCUUUUAGUGGACCAGGAGGACCUAGAAUGCCCCCACCAUUUAGACCAGGAUUGAGACCUCAUUUUGAAGGUGAUGGUGGUUUUCCAGAGAGAAGAGGCCCUCCCAUGCCUAGAUUUGGGCCACGAGGAAUGGAACAGCGAGGACCUAGACCAUUACAAAGACCAGGAGGACCUGAUCAAGGACCAAGGCCACUGCUCGAUCACUUUGAACGUCCUCCUGUGGAUCAAGACCGCCGACUUCCACCUGUUGCAAGAGUUAAUCCGAAUGAUCGAGGAUUUCCAGAUAAUAUUCCAUCUCUUUUGGAUCACGAUAACCGUUUUGCCAUGAAUGCACGUGAAGGACACCGCGUGGCAGAGUCAUCUAAGAAACCAGAAGUUGCAAUUGACGCUGAUAUGAGGGAUCCUAAAGAUCGAUUACGAGACAGUACAGACAACAAGAGAUCCGACACAGAUUCCCGACUAAAGUCAACCGAUGAUCGUCGGGAUACACGAGAUAAGGACAGCCGUGAUAGUCGGGAUAAUCGUGACAGAGAAUCGCGCGAUAACAGAGAUUCUAGAGAUUCACGCGACAGAUAUAGUCAAAAUAGAGACAGGGACAGAGAUCGGGGUCGUGAAAGAGAUAGAGACCGGGAUAAAGAUAGAGAACGAUCUCGUGAUCGUGACAGGUACGAUAGAGAUCGAGACAGACGCCGGGAUGAUGAUCGUGAUCGUAGAGAUCGCAGAGAUGAAAGAAACGAUCGUGAUAGAGAUCGCGACCGAAGAGAUAGGGAUCGAACAAAAGACAGGCGGGACAGCAAAGGACGCGACCAGUUCGGAAGAGAUAUACCUCGUUCUAAAGACGAUGUAGAAAAAAAGGAAUCUGACAGUCAGCGAAGUUCUUCUAACACCACCCAGAAAACAGCGGUUAAAACGCCUGAGGCGAAUACCCAAACGAAAACUGAACCAAGUAUUCUUGCACAGAUUAAACUACCGGAAGAUACAGAUUCCCGAGGUGUUAAACGACCCUUGCUCCCCGUUGAUCCUGACAUUGCUGUUAGAGUACAGGGUUUCCCAUUACAUGUUAAUUUUAGAGAUAUAAGGCAAUUUUUUACGGGAUGCGAAAUCCCCUGGGAUGGUAUGAAGAGUGAAAAGGAUGAAAGAGGUCAAGCAACAGGAAUUAUGUUUAUAAAGUUUCAAAACCAACGAAGUUUCUGGGAAGGACUUAAUAAAAAUGGAAAACGUUUUUCAGAUGGUAAUCGAAUUGAGGUGACAAAAUGUAAUCUCAGAGAGUUCGAAAACUGCGAACCGAUUUCAAAACAAGAGAAUGCUGAAAGCGAAGAAAUAAAACGUCCAAAGAUGGAACAACCUUUAAGAACUUCACAAUAUAUUAUACAUAUGAAAGGACUUGGAAUCAAUGGAAAGAAACUUGAUGUAGUAGACUUUUUUAAAGGAUGUGAAAUAGCAAAGAAUGGAGAAGGCAUUCACAUUGAAUAUGAUAUAAAAAAUAGAUGCACUGGCACAGCUUUUGUAGAGAUGUUAACAUUAUCGGAUUUUCAAAGUGCUUUGCUCUUAGAUGGUAAAAUGUAUAAUUCUCGUGUUAUCCGCAUUACGGCGGGAAGUCUUCAUGAAGUGGAACUUCUACAUGAGCGUAUGAAAGAUGUCAUGGCAAACAAAAAACUCGAUGAACAGGAGAAAAAACCUCUUCUGCCGAAUCCUGUAAACGUCGAACCAAACAGGAUUUUAGCUCCGGAUGGUGAAUACAGAAAUCGCAUAACUACAAAUCUUUAUUGCGUGCAUCUUCAAGGACUACCACCUCAUGUUGUAGCUAAAGACAUCGCUAAACUCUUUGAUGGGAUUGAUAUUGCACAGCGAGGAAUUCAAAUAGUGCAUGACUCAAAUGGAAGGCCACUAGGAGAAGCAUUUGUAGAGUUCACUAACCAUGCUGAAUGCGAGAAAGCAUUAAAUAUGCAAGAAAGGUUAAUAGGUGAUCACGAAGUAAGCGUGAAACCCAUUCCAAAAUCAGAAAUGGUGGAUAUCCUGAAACAAAUUCGACCUCCUUCACGAGGAGGAAAUUAUCCUCCUAUGCACGGCCCUCCGCCUCACGGUAUGGGUCCCCAUGGCGGGCCUCCAGGACCCCGAGGACCACCACCGCCUCACGGAGGACCCCAUCCACCCAAAAGUGGCCCCAUGCCUCAUGGAGGCCCUCCGCCCCGUGGCCCACCCCCUCAGGGACCCCCACCACAUGGACAUCCGCCCAUGCGUCCUCCACAUGGCCCACCGCAUGGGCCGCCUCAUUCACCGCAUGGACCGCCUCAUUCUCCGCAUGGACCACCCCCAUCGUCGGGUCCCUACCUGGGCAGACGAUUCCCAGUGCUUAUGAAAGGUUUACCUUUUACUAUUUCGAUACGUGAAGUCAACAACUUGGUUCAAGGUUACAGUCCUAUUGUAGAGUCCGUUAGAGUUAUGGUUGGGAACGAUGCAGGAGGAACCUCUGCCAUGGUUUCUUUCCGCUGUAUGGAGGAUGCUGAGCAAGUUAUUCGAGAUCUGAACAACACGUUCUACAGAAAUAAACAGAUCCAUUUAUCGCCAGCGCCGAUGUAAACAUCUUCAAAAAAUAAAGGUCAACUUGAAUGGCAGCUUUAACUUCGGGGGCAGGGGCAGUUUCCGGUCUCCACGCACUGUGACCAUUGUUUUCACCAUGCAGCCUGAAAAACUGACAUUUUAAUGAACACUUUUAAUAUUCCUUUUAGUUUUGUUGGCUGGUGCAAAGGGAUCGCCUUGUCUUGCUUUUAAUUUCCUCUGAGCAGAGGGAUGCUUUCAUUCAAAUGAUGAGAACGUUCUUAUACCUUAGUACAUUUCAUGAAAAAUGCUGCCAAUCUUACGAGAAUUAAAAUCGUUGCGAAAGUUAAGAGUGAAGAUUCGUUUUAGCAAAAUUAUGAAAACCAAUGUCAGACUUUUUUUGUAGAUUAUACUGUGAAUAUUUGUAAAGUUACUUGAAAAUUUCACAAUUCUUUGGGUUAAGAAAAAAAUUCAAAUUGUGUUUUCAACGUGUAAUAAAUCGCUCUAGAAAUCAGUACGUUGAUUCGAACCAAAAUAGCUAGAACUUUGAUAAGAAUUUAUCAUCUGUAAGGUUUUGAACUAAUCAUCAUAUGAAGUAAUCGACACGUGCGCCCGAUUUGUUUGUUAAUUAUUUUAAUUGUACAUAAUACAUGUAUCUUGUGUUCAUGGAAAAUAUUGAAUCAUGAUUCAGUUUGCUAUCCGAGUCUCUCCAGAAUUAAAGAAAUAAUCUGAA